AUGAAUACUCUUAAGAAAACAGUAAGAUCUUAUUUUCGCACUUCAACGCAACACGUACAUUACCAACAUCUUCGUCUGUCCAAUGAUCAAGAGGAUGAAGAAGAAAAAGAAGAAGAAGAAACUCUACGUAGACAUUCAACAGAAGAAAUAUCUUUAACAUUUCGUGAUUUAACUAAAGUUGUAACUGCAGAUCACGAUUACGACGAUGAUGAUUUAAAUUUGCCAAAGGAAACGACAACUACUAAACGAGUAUUACUUCAUAAUAUUAGUGGCAGUGUUCAUCCUGGAGAAAUAUUAGCUGUAAUGGGAGCAUCAGGUAGCGGCAAAACAACUCUAUUAAAUACGCUCAAUAAUCGUUCCACCGGCGGCGUUUCUGGUGAAAUUCUAUUCAAUAACCAACCCUACAAUCAUAGUCAAAUGAAACAGAAAAUUGCCUAUGUUGUGCAAGAUGAUGAAUUCUUUGAUACAUUAACUGUACGAGAACAAAUGAUCUUCAUUGCUAGACUCAAAUUAUCUUGGCACUUACAUGAAAAACAUGUGCAAUUACUCGUUAAAAAAUUAAAUUUACAGAAAUCGAUAAAUUCACCAAUAUAUUUAAUUAGUAAUGGUGAAAAGAAACGUCUUAGUAUUGCAAUAGGAUUGUUAACAAAUCCAUCGAUUUUACUGUUAGAUGGUUAUUUUGUUUUUCAUCUUCCACAAACACAGGUCUGA